CUGCGCCGGGGCCGCGCUUUGGCAGCCUUCGCUGUCGUGGGAGGAGACUGCGGGGACGGAGCCGCAGCCGGCGUGCUUAGUGAAAAGUUAACGCAAACGGAGACCGAUAUUCUCAUGCUCAUUUCUGUCAAUAUCCCUUACUUCUGAACUGCAACAGAAAAAUUAUUUCUGCAACGUGAAGUCACUGUUGUCACAUCAUUCUACUCAGGGAUUGGCAGAAAGAAAGUAACCAGGCUGGUAACUAGAACCAACCUUCUGCACUUGGCUCUGCGGCCACGAGGAAUGGCAAUGGAAGAUCCCGACAGGAAGACAGAAGUAGUGCUGCUGGCCUGUGGGUCCUUCAAUCCCAUUACCAACAUGCAUCUGAGGCUAUUUGAGCUGGCUAAAGACUAUCUCCAUGAGACAGGAAAAUACAAAGUAAUCAAAGGAAUAAUUUCACCAGUAGGUGAUGCAUAUAAGAAGAAGGGUCUGAUCAGUGCUGAUCACCGAGUAACUAUGGCAAAAUUAGCCACCAGUAACUCAGAUUGGGUGGAAGUUGAUGACUGGGAAAGCAGCCAGAGUGAGUGGUUGGAAACAGUCAAAGUUUUAAGGCACCAUCAUGAAAAGCUUUCAUCCCCUGAUGCUACCAUUAGUCUGCAGAAUGCUUUACCUUUAACAAAGCCAGGACGGAAGAGGAAACAAGAACCAAAUAGGCACGACCCCAUUAAGAAGAAAAAUCAGAGUCCAGAUGGAAAAAAUGUCCCACAGGUUAAACUGCUUUGUGGAAGUGACGUGCUGGAAUCCUUUGGGAUCCCCAAUCUGUGGAAGUUGGAAGACAUCACUGAAAUUAUGCAAAAUUAUGGCCUUGUAUGCAUCAGUAGGGCUGGGAACAGCAUUCAGAAAUUCAUCUAUGAAUCUGAUAUUUUGUGGAAAUACAAGAACAACAUUCAUCUCGUGGAAGAAUGGAUCACAAAUGACAUUUCCUCCACCAAAAUCAGGAGAGCACUGCGGAGAGGACAGAGCAUUCGUUACCUGGUGCCUGAUGUGGUGCGGGCAUACAUAGAGAAGAACGAUCUGUACAGCCUAGAGAGCGAAGACAGGAAUGCUGGGGUUACCUUGGCUCCUUUACAGAAAAAUGCAAGUGAUUCUAAGAACUAGCAGGCACUUCACAGAUAAUUUGCUUUCUGGUGUGAAAAGAUAAUAGUCCAGUACAUGAAGAUGGUUUUUUUUUUUUUGUCAGUAGCAAGCAAAUUCUACAGCUUCAGUAGAUGUGCAGCUGCUGACAAGGUUUGGUUUGUUUAACAUGGGGGCCUAUAUAUUCUUCAUUUUAUAAAAUCCAGUAAUAAGAUUUUCACAUCUAGACAGACUGUCACAGUCCAGUGAACUAAAUACAAGAAUUUACCGUAGUGUACGAGAAUUACAAAUAUGAACAAGGCAAAUGAAAGUGUUCUGAUUUCGCUCAGACUACUCUGACUGCUAUUUAUGAAAUAGGAACACAAAUAACUCAGCGUUAUAAGUAGCAAAGUCAUCUUACUUGAAACACACCACUUCUGAGGGUAAAUCUACAAUAACUAAUUUUUUAAAAACUGCUAACACAUAAUGCAACUUGAAUUAUUUGGCUGCAUCCUGUAGAAGGAAGAAGCUACUGCUGGGUGCUAGCUAUACCAUGCUUUCAUUUGCUUGCCUUUCAAAUAUGAAGCCUGUUUGUUUGCUGUCAUGCAAUCUGCAGCUCAAAUGCCUCAUGCUUUAGUUUUUCAUUCACAUUUCCAGAGCUCUAGAUUAAGUUCAGCAGUAUUUCUCAAAUGAGGAUAGACCUACCUCAAAAACUGGUUUAUAGCCAUUGAUUUAAUGGCUAUAAGUUAAUAACAGCAUAGUUGCAGAUUCUCAUACCAUUCUCCUUUUAUUUCCAGUAACAACUGAGCCUUUACUUUUAAGCCAAACAGAGACAAUUGUUUGCUGCUACUGGAAUUGAGAAGAAAUAGUGGGAUGCUAGGAACAUAUAUAAGCAAAAUGGUUUUCUUUGCUGGAAACCUGAUUUAGAAUCUAACAAAAUAUUGUCUCUAUUAUAUCUAUAAACUAGAGAGGCACUAUGAAUGCCAUGGCAAUUGAAUUGUACGUCCCUUUCUUUGCUGCCAUCCCUUUUUUUUUUUUAAGAUUACGUGCUUUACUAGAAGUGUCAAGGUUUCCAAGAUGCUAACAGCUCAACAGCUUUCUCACAGUACCUCUGCACAGCAAAUCUGUUCAGAUUUUUCAGAUUCACAAAGCCAAUAGAAUGAGAGAUUCUGAGGUGUGUGCAGGGCUCCUGUAGGAGUCAACACUUCAGUGGGAAGAGCUGUAGUUUGCAGUGGGGCUAGGAUCAGGGAUGCACACCUGGAGCCUCACAAAAUAUUUUGCAAUUACCACAGAGCAGAACCCCUGUUCUAGAUUCAGCCUGCAUAUGUCUCUGUGGCAGAUAAGAGCAAAGAACAAGAUCUAAAUUAAUUACUCAAUUAGUGUGUUUCUGAAUAAACAGAGCAGACCUAUUGAGUGGGAAAGCAACCUAUUUCUGUGGUCACUUUUCAGCAUGAAAAUGUGCUUUAGGUUUACUCUUCUAAGUAAUGACACUGGUGUGUACGGAUGUGCUUUGUGCAACUCUAGAGAAACUGCAUAUUUGAAAGUAAUAAUAAUAAUUUAAUGCUUCAUGAAGCACUGAUUAUCAGACACUACUUCACCGCAUUUUCAUGUAGUUACACAUGAUGGGUUUUUCAACAGAGUAAAUUGCAUGUAAUAUACUAGUUUUAGUCAUUAACCAAAUCCGAUGUCUGUUGAUUGCAUGACUUUUAAGAGGGAAGAACAUUAUCAGUAGAGUUUUUUCCAUACAAACCAGAAUAUUGUUCAAAAACUGCAAUGAAUAUAGAUCUUCUGUUUUACCAGUGAGAUCCAGAAGCCUCCAUUACAACACUGGGAGUAAGCACACACAGAAUUUACUGUUCUAAUCGGUUCUGAAUAGUAGCAUCAUAAUUAGUGAAGCAUCGUUUUGCAAAAUGAUAAAGAAGUAAAACUUCCAGGAGUGGGCUUUAUCUACAGAGAAUUUAUAUUCUUCAAAAUGUAAAGUUUGUGAAUAAUGCAGUUCAUUAAACUUCUAUAAAGAAGCUACAACGUAUUCAUAGAUGCUCUGUAAAAUAAAUUGCCUUCUUUUCUUGUUUUA